CAGCGGGGGACCGCGCGGUGUGUGGAAGGAGAGCUCAGCCUGUGGAAGCUCCUCUGAUACCCAGGAUUGGAGAACAUGUCGAAGGGCACCGUGGUUCUGGCCUACAGCGGGGGACUGGACACCUCCUGCAUUUUAGUGUGGCUGAAGGAGCAGGGCUAUGAUGUCAUCACGUACCUGGCCAAUAUUGGACAGGAUGAAGACUUUGAAGCAGCCAGAAAGAAAGCAGAGAGCCUAGGAGCGAAGAAGGUGUUUAUUGAGGAUCUACGGGCCGAGUUUGUGGAAGAGUUCAUCUGGCCAUCAGUGCAGGCCAAUGCCAUAUACGAGGACCGCUACCUGCUGGGCACCUCCAUCGCCCGACCCUGCAUCGCCCGACGCCAGGUCCAGAUCGCCAAGCAGGAGGGGGCCCAGUAUGUCUCCCACGGGGCUACAGGGAAGGGCAAUGACCAAAUUCGAUUUGAGCUGACCUGUUAUGCCCUCUACCCUGAAGUGAAGAUCAUCGCUCCGUGGAGGAUCCCUGAAUUCUACAACCGUUUCCGUGGCCGAAAGGACCUCAUGGAGUAUGCAGAGAAACAUGGCAUUCCUGUUCCCGUCACCCCAAAGGCCCCCUGGAGCAUGGACGCCAAUCUCAUGCAUAUCAGCUAUGAGUCUGGAAUACUGGAGAAUCCUAAGAAUCAUGCUCCUUCUGACCUCUUUCUGAUGACCAAGAGCCCUGAAGACUCACCUAAUGUACCAGACAUGGUGGAGAUAAAGUUUAAUAAAGGUGUGCCAGUCAUGGUGACUCACCUGAAGGAGGGCACGACCAAGACCACUCCACUGGACAUCUUCAGCUACCUCAAUGAACUCGGAGGAAAGCAUGGAGUUGGCCGAAUCGACAUCGUAGAAAACCGCUUCAUCGGAAUGAAGUCCAGAGGUAUCUACGAAACCCCAGGAGGCACCAUCCUCUACCACGCUCACCUGGACAUUGAGACAUUCACUAUGGACCGGGAGGUCAGACGCAUCAAACAAGACCUGGGCAUUAAGUUCUCAGAGCUUCUAUACAAUGGUUUCUGGUACAGUCCGGAGUGCAAGUUUCUUCGCCACUGCAUUGCUAAAUCUCAGGAGAACGUGGAGGGGAAGGUGCAGCUGUCUGUGUUUAAAGGCCACGUGUACAUCCUGGGCCGAGAGUCACCCGGGUCCCUCUACAACGAGGAGCUCGUCAGCAUGGACGUGCAAGGAGAUUAUGACCCCUGCGAUGCCUCUGGCUUCAUCAAGAUCAAUGCGGUCAGGCUCAGAGAGCAUCACAGAAUGGAGAGAGAAGCUCAGUUGAAGCAGUGAAGCUCUGAGUUCACAGCUUGGCCUUUACCAGAAUUGUGCUUUUUGACUUUAUCUGUUUUUAUGUCCUGCUCUACUGACACUGCUGUACUCAUCCUCCCAAUGGAGUAGACUGUUACUGUAACAAUGAUUAAAAACAUCUGAACCACUUC